UUUUUUUUCCACUUUUUUUCGCUUUUGUAAAGAUAAGAAAUUUUUUUCUCUAUGAAAAAUGGCUCAGCAGCCGCAACAAGAAACACAAUUUAAAUCUACUCCAUUGGGUAUUCCAGGCUUAACACAUCCUAUCAUCAAUGACCAGCAACUUGUCGAAAUCCCAACCAUUGAUCUUAAGCCUGUACAAGUUGAACAGCCUUCCACUGCGCCUUUAACAGGUGUUUACUCUAGUUCAGGCUUUGAUAUGAUUGGUGUACUUUCGAGGCUUGUGAACAGACCCAACCCUCAAAUCAAUUUAGGUCCGAUUGACAUGUCUUGUUCUUUCUUAGUGACAGAUGCACGCCAAUACGAUUGCCCUAUUGUAUAUUGUUCACCUACAUUUGAGCAUUUAACAGGUUAUGUAGCCAACGAAAUCGUAGGUCGAAAUUGUCGGUUCCUUCAAGCACCCGAUGGUCAAGUUACAGUGGGUUCACGUCGUACUUAUACAGACAAUCAAGCUGUUUAUCACUUGAAGGCACAAAUGUUACAAAACAAAGAACAUCAAGCAAGUAUCAUCAACUAUAGAAAAGGUGGCCAACCUUUCGUCAAUUUAAUCACUGUUAUUCCCAUUACAAAUGAUGAUGGUCAAGUCGCUUUUUUUGUUGGUUUACAAGUAGAUCUUGUUGAACAGCCUAAUGCUAUUCUUGAAAAGAUGAAAAAUGGUACUUAUAUGGUCAAUUAUCAACAAAUGAACCUUCCUCCCUAUAUUCCUGGUAGUAGUUUCAGCUCGGAGCCUGUCGAUGAUUAUUUCCGUGAACUACCCUCUACUGCUGCUGCUACUACUGCUUCUACUCCUACAUCGACAUUGGCUUCUCCUGAAGUUCUCGAACUUGUCAACUGUUCAGGCGAAAAUGAACAACAACUGCAACAAGAAUGGAACAAGUUAUUGUUGGACCAAUCAGAAGACUUUAUUCAUGUCUUGUCCUUGAAGGGCUUUUUCCUGUAUUGCUCUCGCUCUGCUUCUCACUUGUUGGAACACGACCCUGAAGAACUGGUGGGUCAUCCUCUGUCGUCUAUUUGUCACCCCUCAGAUAUUGUGCCUGUGAUGCGAGAAAUCAAAGAAUCAGCAAGCAGCCCAGAUAAAGUCGUCAAUCUGAUUUUCCGUGUGCGUCGUAAAUACUCGGGUUAUAUGUGGAUGGAAUGUCAAGGCAAGAUUCAUAUCGAUCAAAGCAAAGGCCGUAAAUGUCUUAUUUUGGCAGGACGCGAGCGUCCCAUGUACGAACUGAUUCGCAAGGAAAUUGUGCAAGCCACAGAUAUUGCGAAUGGCUCCGAGUUUUGGACCAAGACAAGUUUAACGGGGCUGUUCUUGCAUGUUACUUCGUUGUGCGAAGAUGUAGUGGGCUUCAGUGCAGAUGCUUUACAAGGUGCUACACUCUACCAAUAUGUAGGUGAUAAUCAUAUACGUGAUAUUACGCGUGCUUUGGAUUUAGUACGUGAGGGUCGUAUUGUCAACCUGCAUCAUACAAUACAGAACAACAAGGGCGAUUAUGUACCUGUGUUUUCUACUUUUUAUCCUGGCGAUAUCUCGUUUGGUGUGGGUCGACCUAGUUUUGCUUUGAUUCAAAUCAGAGCCAAGGACAGUACAGAAAUAGCUGGUGUGGAACCCACAGCUACACAAGGUUCUGAUUUAGAAGAAAACAUGUUUGCUGAACUAGAGACUGUCAGAGGUACUUCAUGGCAAUUUGAACUUCAUCAACUCCAAAUGGCCAAUCGUAAAUUAAAAGAACAACUCGAGAAUUACACAAAUCCAAAGCGCAGAAAGCAAAAGAAAAAGUCUGUUACUUCUCCUGAUAUUCCUAAAAUGUGUGCUCAGUGUCAAAGUACAGACUCACCCGAGUGGCGUAAAGGUCCUAACGGGCCGAAGGAACUCUGUAACGCCUGUGGUCUUCGUUAUGCGAAAACAUUAGCAAAGAAAUCAUAAAUAAUCCCUACUCCUAUCAUAAUCUUAAAAGCACAAAUAAAUUUAACAUGAACUUCAACUUUAAUGUUGAUAAAAUCAUUUAACUCGGUCAAAA